AAUCUCCCCUUCCCUCUCCCUUUACCGCCAUUAAUCUCCUCUCCAGCACAAUGAUGGAAGGUUCGAGAUCCGGGAGCGAGCUUUACUUCUUCUUCUUCUUCGCGACCCUGUUCUCCCUUCUCCUGCUUCUGCUCUGUUUCGGCGGGACGGCGGCGGCGGAUUACUACGGUGGCAGGGGGAGCAACAUCGGGGUGAACUGGGGGACGAUGUCGACGCACCAGCUCCCUCCGGAGAGGGUGGUUGAAAUGUUGGUCGCCAACAAGUUCCCCAAGCUCAAGCUCUUCGAGUUCGACGAGCAGAUCAUGACCGCCCUCCUCGAGACCGACAUUGAGGUCAUGCUCGCCAUUCCUAAUUACAUGCUGCGGACCAUGGCGGAGGAUCGCCACGCCGCCAAGGCUUGGGUCGAGGCCAAUGUCACCGACUGGUGCUUCCACGGCGGCGUCAACGUCAAGUAUGUUGCAGUGGGCAAUGAGCCGUUCCUCCAAACGUACAACGGAACCUUCGACAAGUACACCUUACCAGCUCUACGAAACAUCCAGAACGCACUCAACAAAGCAGGGGUGGGGCACAAGGUGAAAGCCACGGUGCCGUUCAACGCAGACGUCUACAACUCCCCUGAAUCCGACCAAGUCCCGUCGGCGGGAGACUUCCGGCCAGAAGUGAAAGACCUAACCCUCGAAAUCAUCCAAUUCCUUCACUCAAACGACGCGCCCUUCACCGUCAACAUCUACCCCUUUCUCAGCCUCUACGGAAACCCUUACUUCCCCGUCGACUUCGCCUUCUUCGACGACGCCACCAACACAAACAAACCCAUCAAAGACGGCGACUUGCUCUACACCAAUGUCUUCGACGCAAACUUCGACACUUUGGUCUGGUCUCUUACCAAGUCAGGGUACCCGGACAUGCCCAUCAUCGUCGGAGAAGUAGGCUGGCCCACCGAUGGCGACCUCCACGCCACUGUAGAGAACGCCAAGAGAUUCAAUCAGGGCCUUCUCAAACACAUUGUAGAUGGGAACGGGACGCCGGCGAGGCCAGUGAACAAGAUCGAGGUGUUCUUAUUCAGCUUGAUCGAUGAGAAUGGAAAGAGUGUGGCUCCAGGGAACUUCGAGAGGCACUGGGGGAUAUUCGAGUACGACGGGAAGCCUAAGUACGAGCUUGAUUUGAAUGGGUAUGGUGAAGAUACAGGUCUGAUUGCAGUCGAUGGAGUGAACUACAUGGAGAGGAGAUGGUGCGUUCUGAGGCCUGAUGCGAUUGAUUUGAGUGAUCUGUCGAAGAGCAUGGAUUACGCUUGUGGGCUGAGCGACUGUACUGCGCUUGAAUAUGGAUGCUCGUGCAAUCAUUUGAGUGUGGCUGGGAAUGCUUCGUAUGCGUUCAAUAUGUACUACCAGAUGAAUGGGCAGAAAGACUGGGGCUGUGAUUUCUCUGGGCUGGGAUUAAUCACCAUGGAGGAUCCGUCCGAUGGGGAUUGCUUGUUUCCGGUGAUGAUUGCCGACGUUGGUAGCGGGGCGACGGCGGUGGUGUUGAGAGUUUGGUGGAGGGUUUUGGUGUUGGUGUUGAUCGUGAUGAUGAUGCUGUGAAUAGAAGAGGAAAGAAGAAAAGAGAAUAGGAUGUUUUGAUUUUUUUUUUCUGGUCUUUGGUCCUCUUUUUUUUUUUUUUGGUUUGUUUGAUGGUCAUUUGGGAAAAUGUUAAUAUACCUCCUCCCUCAUAUUUUUUUUUUUUGGGUAGAGAUUCUUUGCUCCAGUCUGGCCUUUCAUCAACAUUAGAGGAGGAUGAUCAAAUGAAGAAGACAAUGAAAUAAACUGUAGAUAAUGAA